GGCGACACCUACUGGUCAAAUUCCUCCCAUUUGGCACAAAUCAAGCAGCACAAAGAGGGAAAGAGAUGUUUGUGGUGUUGAAAUCAUGUAAAGCCCAAGAAAAAGCAAAAAUCCGGCCCAGCAACAAGAAUGCGUCCAGUGAUGGUAAGUGGCCGUUACGUAAUAGCUCAAAAUGGGCGCAUUCCUCCACAGCCCAUUUUGAUGGAACACUGCUGUUUUAUGGUAGGGGGGAACGACUGGGAUAUUUCUGUUAAAUGCCGGCCACAUUUCAAUCAAAGUAAGAAAAGUAAAAAGUGGCGAAAUAUUAAAGAAGUGUAUCCUGAUGCUAAGGUGGAGACAAAACAUAACGACAUCCGGCUGACGUUGCCAGUGCUAGGACAAAGUCUCGAAGUGGCAGCCUUUGGAGUUCCAGGAAAAGAUGACCAGAAGCGAAUGCAAAUGGUGAUCUUUGGGAAGGAGCCAGCCAAAGCCUGUGACUGGGAUAUCAGAGUUUAUCUGAUAGAUGAUUCCGAAAUGGCGUUCAAGCAGAUUUGCAAGAAAGGAGAAGAUGAAGAAAUGAAACUUUUAACAACUUGGUCCAGCUUGUUUGUAUCCAACAGUGAGAAAGAUAUCAGCAUAGAGGUUACUGCCGUGGCUUCGGGGUGGCACAUCAUAGGGGAAAAUAAGAAAGCGAUAGCUUCAAGAAGUGCCUGGAAUUCCCAAGAAAAUGCGACAGAUUUUCCCCGUUGUGAUUUUUGUGUGAGUCACGAUGAUAUAACAGAACAGCAGUUCUUCUGUAAAAUGAGAGCAACACACGAAAACGACAGUGCUAGCAACGAGAUUGUGGCCUUUUUCCAGCAGAAAAGUGAUGCCAAGAUCAAUAACCCAACUGAAAAGAAGUUCAAGAACACUCUGAAGAUGAACUGUUCGAAAGAAUCCAAUGCUACUGGAUGAAGACUCUUAGACGGUUGUAUUUGUACAGCUUCUUAACAAGCCUUGCAGCUUUGUGUUAACAUAAUGAUUUCCACCGUCCACUGUAUUGACACGCUCACAAAUUUCCAAAGAUAACACAAAAAGGCCUCCAGUCGAAUUGCAAAAAUGAUGGAUCUAAAUUUCUUUGAAUAGAUCUUUGCAAGGCUGAAAAAAAAAUAAAAAAAACUUAAAUAGUAGAAUG